UCUAACUCUCAGAUGUAAUUUGUCCAAACUCACGAUAUAUUCCUUUAUUCAUCAAAUACACGAUACCCUCUUAAUCAUACCAAAUCCUGGAUAUCCCUCUUAAUUACCAAAUCUUUCUCAUUAUUUCUCGUAAUCCUUCCAAUAACUCCCCUUUUUUGCCUCUUAAUCCCUUAGUCUCCAAUGAUUAUGUUUCAUAGGCUUUCACUCAUUUUUCUUAUUUUUGUGUUGCGUAUCACUCUAAUCCUCGGAAGCCUUCUUAAUUAUCCUAAUCCCCGUUAUCUUUAUUAUCCUUUGAUAAUAAUCUUUUCCCAAUAUCGCCAAAAUCAUAUCUUAAUCCGCAUCCCUCAAUAUCAAUAUUAA